AGAUAAAAACAAAUUACAAAAUUAAAUGAAACAGUCAUUUAAUCUAAAAGUGUCUAGAAUGUUUUGGACACCUUUGAGAUCUGGCUUUGUCGUAAUCUAUCAGCCAAUGAAUGAGAGGAACUUAAAAUUUAGUAGAAACAGAAAUUCAGAGAAUAAUCUCUUAGAUCUAUUAAUGUAAAGAGGUUCUGAAAUGGGUUUCAAAUUUGGAACUGAUGAAUAAGUAACAGAUCUAGUUUGGCAGAAGGAUCAAUUCUCAGAACGAGAUCUAUAUGGAUUUGAUCAUAAUACAUCAAAACAUUAUUCCAAGUCACACAAACUUCAUUGGAUUAUUUAAUCAAUAGAAUAUUAAAACACUGAAACUUUACUCAAUUAAUUGUAUUAGAGCUUAGAUAAAGUUAAACUGACAGAGGAAGAUCAUUAAUUACUUAAGGAGUGUGAAAAAAACUAGCCGAAAUACAAGACAAAAGAAUUCUGGAUUAUAUUAAUUAUCAUGUCCAAAUUGGAAAAGUCAUUUUCCUUUUAAACGAAUUAAGAAACGCAAUAAAUGUAAUAAAGACUAUUUUUGCCAAUUUAAAUGCUUUGCAUAUCUAAGGUUGAUUGCUUGAGGUGUAAGGCUUGCGAAUCUGUUUCAGCUAAGAAUCAUGUUAAGUUGGUUAAGAAUGUCCAUAUUGCCAUACUGAUGUAUUGA